AUGACAGGACGGAAACUCAAUAUUGAUCUCAACCUUCUCCUUCCGGGGGAGGAGGAAGACGACAAUAGCAAGAGAAAUCUUACCAUGGAACAACAGUUCAACAAGAAACAUGGCGCAAAGAAAAGGAUCUUCAAUCCAGGAGAAAAGGUUUUCGCUCGAAUGUACACCACCAACAAACGUGUUUGGGCACCUGGAGAAAUCAUUGAACGACGUGGCAAUGUCAAUUACAAUGUUUUGGUUCAAUGGUGCCAAGGAGAUCGUCUUAUCCGGAGCCACUGCAAUCAACUUAGAUCGAGAUUCACGGAUGGAGACGUCAAUGGGAAUUCACCGCAACAUAAACCACCCAUUCAUGGAUACAAUCUCAGAUCACGGGGUGAUCUGACUUCAGGAGGGAGAUGUUGA